GCAUGCGGCCUUCAAAAUCCUGACGAAAAUGACGACUACAUUAGAAGCCCAGCUUUCAGACAAGCUACAGAUGAUGGACGAGACCACAGACAAGGUCCAGGAGCUGGUGAAGCAGGAGGAAGACAGCAGUAUAGCCGCAAGUUCCGAUGCCCAGACAGCAUCCCCUUCUUCCAGCGAUAGUGCGACCACAGUUGCUGCACCGGAGCCCGAGUUUUACAAUAAAGCUCAGAAGUACUGGUCGGAGAUUCCGGCUACUGUCAACGGGAUGCUUGGCGGCCUGGGCUACAUCAGCGCCAUCGAUAUACAGGGAUCGAAUGUGUUCUUGCGCGAGAUCCGCGUGCCGGGCAACAGGUUGGCCCUCGACUGCGGAGCUGGCAUCGGUCGGGUGACUCGGAAUCUCCUGAUCCCACGUUUCAGCUGCGUGGAUCUCGUCGAGCAGGAUCCUGCCUUUGCCGAGAAAGCACGGGAGUACUGCACCUCGGAAGACGUGAGCCGUGGAAAGGUGGGCCACAUCUACAACGUCGGAUUGCAAAAGUUCACGCCUUCGCAGCAGUAUGACCUCGUUUGGAGCCAAUGGGUGCUGGGUCAUCUCACAGACCGCGACCUGGUCUCGUUCUUUCGUCGCAUCAAGCAGGGACUGGCGCCCGGAGCCUUCUUUUGUCUGAAGGAAAACGUGAGCAGCUCGAAGAAGGCGGUGGAGGACAAGGAGGACUCCUCCGUUACCUGGCCUCUGGAUAGCUACGAACACUUCCUAAAGGAAGCCGGAUUUCGCAUUGUGCGCAAGGUCAAACAACAAAACUUUCCCAAGGGACUUUUUCCAGUGUACAUGAUCGCCUGCAAACCUGUGUCUAAGGAAUAGGCUUAGUAUUUAGUUCGUUUUACUGACGACCUACAAGCGAUUGUACUAAAUUUAUCACAAAAUUCAAUGUCACAUUACUAGCUAGUCACUUCAAAUUGUAGCGUUCUAAACAACGAAUAAACAAGCUUGUAAAAGCUUAAACACUUUUCUUAA